AUCAGGGGUGGAACCUACGUCUCUGGCAUUUCAGGCAGAUUCUUUACCGAUGAGCCACCGGGGAAGCCCCUAAGGCCCAGCACAGCCAAAUAAAUAAAUAAAUAUGUUUAAAAUAAAGACAGACCUAGCUGCAGAUAAUCUGAGAGUUACUUUAGAGUUCACUUUGAAAGUUAGUUAUACUUCCUUGACAGAAAAGAUUUUACAUGAUAUUUACCAGGAAUUGGUGCAUUUGCAGUUAUCUUUUGAUCUUGAGACACAUUAUCCUCAUUGCCUGUGGAUGGAUAUUCAUUAAUUCAUUCUACUGCUAUUCUAUUCACAGUCGAGGCUCUGAAUUUGGUGUUGUGCCAAUAUGAAUGGAUGGAAAGAUGAAUGAGGCAGUCUCUCCUCUUAUGGAGAUCAGUUGAUAACUGCAGUGGUAAAAAAUAAUGUAAAACAAAUGUUUCAUUGGUAUAUGUUCUGUAAAGGGAUAUAUAUCAAUUAUAUCAUGGGUAAAAUAGUGAAGUAAUUGGGUCUGUUUUUGCAUUUUCUGUUCUUUACCAUCAGUCUGUCUAUUAAUGCACCAAAACUCAUGUCUGUUUAUGUGUUAGUGGUUUUAAAUGUAGAGUUUUUGUAGUUUGUUUCGGUAUCUGGUAGAUCUAGGCUUCUCCUUUCCUCCAUAGCUUUUCUUCUCCUUGAUAUUCUUUUGUGAUAUUUUCACCUAUCCUGGGGUACCAAUUUUUCUAGAAGAUGAUUGUUAGUAUUUUUAUUGGAGUUUCAUUAAAUUAAUAAAUUAACAGAUUUGUGAAGUAAGAUAGAGAGGGAGGAAUAUUAUACGACAUCCCUUUUGCUGCUAAGUCACUUCAGUCCCUUUUAGGUGGAAUCUAAAAAAUGAUAUCCAAAGGAAUUUACAAAACAGAUUCAUUUAUUUGGCAGAUGAACUUAUGGUUGCAGAGGGGGAAGGGUUAGUUAGGGAGUCUGGGAUGGACUUGUACACUCUGCUGUAUUUAAAAUUUAAGUUUUGUGUUGUAUGAAAGGAGAGAAAGUUAGCACUCCCCUUGACAAGGAUGGAAGAGGCUCUCGGGCCUGACAGCACGCAUACGGUUAAGGCAUUGCCACCUACUUCGUGGCAUCUAACCACUGUUUUUUAAAGUUUUUUGCCAACUUAAAAAAAAAAAAAUUUAAGUUUUUCAUAUUUGGCCAGUGAAGCGUUUUUAUGAUGGCUGCUUUAAAUCCUUGUCAGAGAAUUCUAACAUCAGUGUCAUCUUGGUGUUGAUGUCUUCUGAUUUUUUUUUCUUGUUUAGUUUGAAAUGUUCCUGAUGUUUUGUGUGACGAAGGAUUUUUUAAAAUUAAAACCUGGAUAUUUUGGGCGAAAAAAAAAGAACAAGGGAUUUAAUUUUAUUUUAUUGAUUACACAUAAUUGUGACCACAGAGUUUUCUUACUGUUUCUACUUUACAAAACUUUAUGAUUAUUUGGCAGGGUGGGAGCUCCUAAUAUGUACAAGAAUUAAGAAAUUCUUUACCUGAAUCAUCUCAUUUAAUUUUCAAAGUAAUUCUGUGAAGUGGGUGGGUACAAAUACUGUCAUCAUAUUAUCAUCAGAAAACACUGAUCUCAGAGAGGUGAAUUAAUUGUCCAAGCGUUCAAAGCUAGCAAGUAUGGGGGAGCUUGAAUCUGAACAAGAUGUGUUUUACUUUCCUGUCUGUGUUGUGUUACACUGUCUUCCUGAAUUGUUCAGAUCUCUUGACAGAGCGCUCUGGAGGUAUUUGAACAGGGUUUUUUUGUUUGUUUUUGUUUUUCUCCUAAGCAGUUCCUUUUUGUCUCACUUUUCCCUUCAGCUUAAAAAAAAAAAAGGAAGACAGAAGUAUUUGUAACUUCCUUUAGAACCAGGUUUUGGGUCAAAUAGGCUGUGUUUUGAAUUAAGAGAAGUUUGGUUUUUUCCUGCACAUCUCUCUUUUCAACAGCUGACUGAGUGUAAGUCGAUUGGAGACUCGUUUCAUUUAUUUGGCAGAUGUUCCCCGGGAGGGUUGAUGUUAAAAGAGUGUGGGGGCAUGGUGAACUAUUAACCAUGUGGCGUGGGUUACACAGGGUACUUUGGCCAUUCUACCUUCAGACAUCUGAUCUAAUGAGGAAAUUUGUGAUUAAUGUGCCAAAACUUAAUCAAGUCAAAACUUAGGGAAAUUGAAAGUGUUGCCUUUCCCCCCUUUUUAAACACAGGCUUAGGGUGGUUAAUAGAUGAGAGGCCUAUAUUAAUAAAGUACAGCUUCACUGGUGAUCUUCUCUAAACCUUAAUUUUAUUCUGUAGAAUGAGAAUAGUAUUAUUAAUCCAGAAAAUUUAGUGAACUAAUCCAUAUAAAGUGCUUAGCAGAGUAAAAGAGUAAGCACUCAGUGAAUAUUACUAUUGUGUGAAUACUUGUUUACAUCCAAUAAACAUGGUGUUAAAAUGAGAAAUGAAUUCAGAAGUAGAAUGUAGGGCCUUAUCACAUUUCUCUGGUGGUUUUUUUUUUUUUUUUUGGAGGGCAUCAGUUGAAUUUUUUUUUUUUUUUAAUUUAAAGAGUAUAUCAUAGAAGCUUGGGCUCCUCAGUCAAGACCAGUUAAUUAUCUUUCCGGGUUGUGGAACUUUGCCCUCCAGCCCUUUUCUCUUUCUUUGAGAAUUUAAGUAUCCAUGUGUACCUCUCAUAUUAAAAAGUCCUUCUGCAGUCCAUAUCGUUUAGCUCCUGUAGGUUUUCAAGUUCAACUUUUAGAAUAAGAGCUGUCCACUCAUUUCUGUCCAUGUUUCUCACCUUUCAUUUAUGUGCUAAUCCAGCUUUUGCCUAGUACUCUUCCAAAACUUUUUGGUGAAGAUAAUGGUGCCCUAAUUGAUAAAAUGAAUGGAGACUUUUCUGUCUUACCUUUCUUGCCUUCAGCACUUAACUAGUAAUUUCUUAUUUAAGGACAUCCUAGAAUUGGUUGAGUGCUGGCCUUGGGAUGUUUUAAGUUCUCCCCCAAAGCAAUGUGUUCUUAUCUUUAUCAGUUUAGCAGAGGCAAACUCUGGGUAGUUCUUAUAGCUUUCCAAAGACAAUUUAAAAAACCGAUUUGGGCUAAAUUUAUUUCUACUCUGGCUGGACUAUCACCCAUUUUCUCUCUGGUGAUGGUUGUCCUAGAGCCUUUAAAUAUAAAUUUUUAGCUCUGACAGUAUUAACAGACACUUCUGCACUACCGCUUACACCAACCUGUUACACCAGUUUGGGUGUGGUGAUAACUAAUUUUUUGUGUCUUGGUAGAUUGGUUCUUUGCACACUUGCAGAGUAACAGGUUUCCUUUCUUCUGUGGCAUUUAAUUUUAAUGAUAUUGUAUAUUUUUAGAAAUUCCCAGUUGACUGAUAAUCUCUCAGAUGAAGUGAUGUUCUACUUGGUGCAGACAUGAAGACUCCUCCUAAAACAAAACACUCUUUUAGGAUCUUUGCUAAUCACUUAGUCUGCAUUAACUUUAUAUUCAUCACCUAGAGGCAAAAGCAGGUGAUUAUUCCCUCCAGUCACCUCAAAUGACUAGUCUUUCCUGUCAUUCAUUGUCUCCUUUGGUAAAACCUCCCUGUUAACUGAGGUCAGAUUUACAGCUAAUCUUCAUAUUAUGAGAGCAUUUCCGGGUCCAAACUAUAUAUAGUUGAAAGACAGGUUUUAGGUUGGUACAAAAGUAAUUGUGGUUUUUGGGCCUUGAAUUUUUAAUUAUUUAUAACUAGGCUCAAACACAUCUUUAUUAGUCAAAAUAGGAACCAUUACAAUCAACACAUUUUUGCCAAUGAGAAAUAAGUUUGUUUAUUCUUGUAGCAUAAAAAUCUGUGUUUCAGGAUUUGACGAAUUCUUGGAAAGCAUUUUUUGCAUCCUGCUGGUUAUGGAAGCAUUUUUCUCUGCAAAAAGUUGUUGAGAUGCUUGAAGACAUCUGUUACCAACCUCUCUCACCUGGUGAGAGGUCAGGUGAACAUGGCAGAUGAGGCAGAACUUCGUAGCUCAAUUCGUUCAACUUUUGAAGCAUUGGUGUGCGAUGUGCAGUCGGGUUUUGUUAUGGAGAAGAAUUGGGCCCUUUCUGUUGACCAGUGCUGGCUGCAGGUGUUGGCAGUUUUCAUCGAUUUGCUGAGUAUACUUCUCUGAUGUAAUGGUUUCGCCACAAUUCAGAAAGCUAUAGUGGAUCAGAUGGGCAGCAGACUACCAGUGACCAUGACUUUUUUUUUUUUGGUGCAAGUUUGGCUUUGGGAAGUGCUUUGGAACUUUUUCUUGGUCUAGCCACUGAGCUGGCCAUCGCCGUUGUCAUAUACAAUGCAUUUUUUUGUCGUGUGUCACAAUCUGAUUGAGAAAUGGCUCACUGUUGUGUAGAAUAAGAGAAGACAACACUUCAGAAUGAGGACUUUUUUGAUUUCCGGUCAGCUUAUGAGACACCCACUUAUCAAGCCUUUUCACCUUUCCAGUUUGCUUCAAACACCAAAUGACCAUAGACUGGUCAACGUUGAGUUCUUUGGCAACUUCUUUUGUAGUUGUAAGAGGAUCAGUAAGAGGACCAGUGAUGGCUGUCAGUUGAUCACUGUCAACUUCUGAUGUCUGUCACUGCACUCUUCAUCUUCAAGACUGUCUCCUUUGCAAAACUUGUUGAACUGUAACUGGGAAGGGUUGAUUUUGACUCCAUGCUACGACUUUAAUCCUUUUGCCAUUUUUGUUAUUAUAGUCAUACAUGAAGUCCUGCCUCAGAGAACUCUGCCUGACCCUUAAACUAAAGUGCCUUUGCUUAGCUCAUAGAGAGACAUUCUGACCCUGCUCACAUGUGAAUGGCUGUAAGGAAAAGAAACUAACACAUCUUCUUCCUUGAGGCUUGCCAUUCUAGUAGAUAUUUGCAAAAAUUAAAUGGUCUUUUUAUUUUGUUUCCUUACCUCCUCCCCAUCUCUGAUCCAUGAAAGAACCUGACAUCCAGGCCCUGACAAGAUGGUUAUUUUGAGAAGUUAGUCUGCCAUCUUCUCGGUCAGCUGCCUUCCUGAAUAAAGUAAUAUUCUUUGCUUCAAUACCUCAUCUCUUGGAUUCAUUGGCCUAUUGUGCGGCAAGCAGAGUGAGCUUGAACUGGGUAGCAGAACUACCACUGCACUGUAUGUUCAUUAGCAGUUCCUGGGCCAGUGCAUUUUAAUAUUGCAAGUUGUCUCCACUGCUUUAUGACCCGUUUUGAACUUGAAUAAGAAAUAACUUGAAUUUACUUUUUGUCUAACAUCAUUUCUAUAGUCUAAAAUAAGUAUAAAAUAGAUAGCAAGUAAUAAGUCAUUAGCAAAAAAAAAAAAAAGCAAGAAAUGCACAUUACUAUGAAUGUGUAAGUGCGCAUGCGCCGCACCGGAAGCAUUCCGACGUUAUUACUGGGUGCCUCUGCGCGCGCGGGAAGAUGGCUGAGCAAGUGAUCAAGUCGGUGCUGUUCGUGUGUCUGGGUAACAUCUGUCGAUCACCCAUCGCAGAAGCGGUUUUCAGGAAACUUGUAACUGAUCAAAGCAUUUCAGAUAAUUGGGUCAUUGACAGUGGCGCUGUUUCUGACUGGAACGUGGGCCGGUCACCAGAUCCAAGAGCUGUGAGCUACCUAAGAAAUCAUGGCAUUAACACAGCCCAUGAAGCAAGACAGGUUACCAAAGAAGACUUUGCCACUUUUCAUUAUAUACUAUGUAUGGAUGAGAGCAAUCUGAGAGAUCUGAAUAGAAAAAGUAAUCAAGUUAAAAACUGCAGAGCGAAAAUCGAACUACUCGGGAGCUAUGAUCCACAAAAACAACUUAUCAUUGAAGAUCCCUAUUAUGGCAACGAUGCGGACUUUGGGACCGUCUACCAGCAGUGUGUGAGGUGCUGCAGGGCCUUCCUGGAGAAGGUCCGCUGACCCAGCCAUCCUGCUGUGGCCCAGGCUCGUCCCCCCAGGCCGUGUGUCAGGUGUCAACAGUGUCACCUCCCGAGCCAAGGCCGCAGCCCUCCCUUUAGCUGAUUUGCUGUUUCUCACCUGACAAAAUAAUUGUAGAUGGAAAUCAGUCUUUGUGUUUGGCAAAAGAGUAAAUAAAAAAUCUUUGAUUCAAAAUAAAAUAAAAUGAAUGUGUAACAUAACCACAUGUAUUUAAGAAUGUAUUGUAAUAUCAAAUGGCAAAUUUCAGCAGUGCAAAAAUUUGUAGUAUGUUUGCACCAACCUAAUAAUUUCAUGUCUCUCAGCUUGACACUUUGUAUACAGUAUGAAAUAGCUCCUUCCAGAUAUCUUUUGUGACUUCUCAGGUCAUUCUUCUGAACCUGACUGACACUUGAGGUUAAUGUCUUCAUAAGUUUUCUCUCCAUUUUCUCCUAAGCUUCAGCUUUUACUUUCUCUGCUUAGUAGCCUAGGUUUCUGGAUAUAUAUUUUUCUUGCCAUCAAGUCACCAAAUUAAUUUCCUAUAGAUUUUAGGUCAAAACUCUUAUCUCAAGACAACCUUCUAUGGUAGGUGUUCUAAGCUUUUCCUGUAGAUCUCUGAAUAGGCUUUCUUUGGUAUUGGAUAGUUGUUGUUCAGUCAUGUCCAGCUCUUUGAGACCUCAUAGACUGUAGCACAUCAGGCUCCCUUGUCCUCCACUAUCUCCCAGAGUUGGCUGAAUAGUUUAUUUGUGAUUGUUUUUCCUCGCCUCUGUUCUUGUAGUUUUUUUUUUUUUUCCUUCUUUUUUUUUUUUGCUUUCAGUCUCAUUUGCCUAUGUUGUUCUUAAACUUUUUAGUAAGCUGCUCUUCAUCUCAGCCUCUCUUUUUUUUUUUUCUGGCUGCAGCUUGCAAGAUCUUAGUUCCCUGACCUGGGAUCAAACCUGGGCCACUGUUGCAAAAGCACCAAGUCUUAACCACUAGACUGCCAGGGAGUUCCCUCAGCUGCUUUUCUGAAAACUAACUUAUCUGUCAUUCUCUCUAGCCUUUCUUUUUACUGCAGUGUUACUAAAAAAGUCAUCUUCAAGAUACUGACCCAGAACAUCAGUCCCGGUCUUCCAAGAUUAUUUCCCAGGACUUCCCUGGAAAUACCAUCUCUUUAGAAACUCGUGUCUUACCCUGGUGUGAUUGCCCCUUGAAUUCCAGUGCAAUGAUAAUUGCUCUAACUGGCCUUAAGGAGUCUUAAAUACUCUUUACAAUUUAUAAUCAUGUUUUGGGGAGGGAUGAAGUAGCCACAGUAGAUGAGGAGUUACUUUCUCUUUAGAUUUUACCCAUAAGUUAACAGCAAAAUGUAGUGGAAAGAGUAUGGAUUUUUGUAGUGAGAAAGAAUUGAAUUUUAAAUCUUCCUUUUCCACUCUGUUGUUUUGAGACCCUGAGUCUCCGUUUCAUCAGUAAAAUUAUAUCCACUUCAUGCAGUUGUGGGCUUCCCUGGUGGCUCAGAGGUUAAAGCAUCUGCCUCCAAUGAGGGAGACCUGGGUUCGAUUCCUGGGUCGGGAAGAUCCCCUGGAGAAGAAA